AUGUUUACCUCCCCGCAGUGUACGUUGGGGGGCGAACUUCUCGAUGCCAACGUUACGCCCAUCUCUGCCGUUUAUUGCGACCCGAGCGGCGCCGUUUGGGCGGUUGACGCCUCAGGAACGCGUGUCUUCCACUUCUCGGCUUCCGCGGUUGCCGACGCAAUCGCCUCGGCGUCCGCGUUGUCUGGUGCGUCGUUUUUGGGCGUGGCGGCGUCCGAGUCCUCUGCCGUGCCUCGCUUCGAGUGCGGCGAGGGGGAUCACGUUGUUGGUGUUGUAUUUCUGACUACCCGCCCUGCGAGCCCCGCGGUGGCGUGUAUUGCGACAGCAGAGGGCCGGCUCGUGCUGGCGGACCCUGCGGGCCCCGUGGGUGGGCUCCGUCAGUGCGACCUCAGUACGCCGCUGACAGCCGUGGCGCCCGUGUCGGUGGAUGAGGCGGGUGCGGCGGCGGAGAAUGGCCCCGGGGUGCUGGUCUCAUCGUUUGAUGGGACAUUUAGUGAGGUGGUGUUCGUCGAGUGGGAGGGCGAGGACGAGGCGGAGGAGGUGAGGGCCACGGGCCUCUUUCGCAUUCGCGGUUGCCUGCAGAGCGUGAUACUAGACGGGGGCUGCGAGCGCAUUCUAACCAUCACGCAGCGUGGGGAUGUGGACGUGUGGAACUGGCGAAAAGGAUUCGACGAGACUCUCUCGUUCGGCAUGCCGGCCUACUCCGUGGACGACUAUGGGGCGCCGUCGUGUAGCAUACUGCUCAGUGGGGGUCAGCUCUGGGUUGGGACGGUGAUGGGCUACAUCGUUGCCUUCGCCCUAAAGCCAGGUGCGAGUGAUGGGUCGCCGCGGCAUGUGUGGCAGGCACACCGUGAUGCAGCGUCCGUACAGAGUCUACUCGUGAUGUCGCUGGGACGCCACGUCUGGAGCUACGCGGCGGACGGACAGGCGCUCGUGUGGGAUGCAGCGGCAUGGACGUUGCAGGGUUCCUUCCAGUUCCCUGGCGACGCGGUUUCAACCCUGCACAGCGGCCCAAGCUGCGUCGACACCGUUCUCUGGGCCACUUGCACGAACUCGGGGGCAGUGACGUGGUUCACCGUGAAGGAGCCGCUCUUGCGUGCGGAGAAGCUGCUGUCUCUGGACCGCGGCGGGUGCAUCGUGCGGCUGAGCGACGUUGAACGCCUCCACGUGCUUGAGGCGCUUGUCUCGCACCUCUGCUUGCAGCUGGCGCAGACCGAGGCUGCUGACGAGGAGGCGGAGCCGUCGAGACACGCGAUGGAAGAGGGGGAGGGGGGACACGAGACGGUGGCCAACAUGACAACGCCGCCACACCUUGACGUGGCGCUGCAGCAGCUCGGCGAAGACUAUCCGACGGCACGGCAGCUUCCACCUGCCCUGGCGUCGCUCGUCGUGGGCCGGCGGAUGGUGCGACGGUCGCUCGCGGACGCCGGGGUGCGUGCACGGAGCUUUCUGGAGGACAUUCAGCUUCUGCUGCAGGAGCAUCGCCGGCAUCGGGGGCUGCAGGCGCAGGUGCAGCGGUGCCUUGCGGAGCUCCGCCAGGAGCUGCAGCCGGGCGAGGCAUGCGACACCCUCGAGGACGUGGUGGACACCGUUAGGGCCCUCGCGCGGCGCAUGCGUGACGACUCGCUUGCGGCAUCGACGGCCAUGUCGUCGAGCGAGCGCAACCACCGAACCUCCUCACGAGCACGCAGUGGCUCCGCACAGGACACCAGCGCCAUGGUUUCGCCUCCUGCGGGGGCGGGGGACGGCGCAGCUGCGCGGCGGCUGGAGGAGGACCUCCGGCUGGAGCGACAACGCCGGGAGCGCAGCGAGGCGCAGCUUGCCGAGGUGUAUGACGAGAAGCGCGAGCUGCAGCGGCAGCUGACGCAGUCUACGCGUCAGCAGGAGGCGUACGAGGAGCGUCUCCUGUCGCUAGAGCGGCUACUGGCGACGGCGAAGAAGGCCGCGGCGGUGAAGACGGCGGAGGCAGCACGUUUCUCCGAAAUGGAGGCGAGUCUUCAUGAGGCCCAUCACACGAUCGAUACGCUGCAGGCGAAGCUGGAGACCCUCAUGCGUGGGAGACAGGAGUCGCUACACACGGCGAAGGAGAACAAAUCUCUGCAUGCCGAGCUUCACACCUUCGAGGUGAAGGAGCAGCUCGCCAGACGGGCCUUCGCCAGCUUCAUCGAGACGCAGGACUUUGUGCUUGACAGGUUGAGCAACAUGCUACAACACGCGGAUGUCGACGGGGACGGGCCGCAUGCGGUUUCGUCUCUCUACGAGUGGCUCUGCGGCCGUGUCGAGACGCAGCAUGCGUUUCUGGUUGGGCUCAAGCGUGACUACACGCGGCAACGCGCGAAGGACGCGGCGUAG